AGUAGCGAACCAGCCAACCACCCACCGUGUGCGCAUUACGCACCGGGCUCCCCUAAUGCUUAAAAUGCGCAGCGCAAUGCAGCUCAGUGAUGAGUGAUGACGAGCCAGAGCCUCACUUGCAAAUCAGUUUCCGUUUGUUGUUACUUUGACUUUUUCACAGAAAUUGAAGACAAUCAUCUCAUGAAUUUUCACUAAAUGGGUUGCGUCUACUCUCGAGGCUGCAUCGGCGAGGUGUGUGUACCCAGAGACCCCAGAGUCAAGCAGCAGCAGCAGCAACAACAACAACAACAACAGGCCCAGACCUUGCAGAGUAGCCAAAAUGCGAGAGGGACUGAUUUGCCUGUCUUCUCGCCGCCGUCGUCUUCUCCGGAAUCAGAAACUCGUGACCAAAUUAACCAGUUGAGCUUGACUCGAGACCCUGAACUUGGUAUCACCAGACUUUCUAGGGUUUCCUCUCAGUUCCUUCCUCCAGAUGGAUCUAGGACAGUAAAGGUCCCAUCGGCCAACUACGAAUUGAGAUACUCGUAUUUGUCGCAGCGAGGUUACUACCCCGAUGCACUCGAUAAGGCUAAUCAGGACAGUUUCUGUAUCCACACUCCUUUUGGGUCGAGUCCAGACGAUCAUUUCUUUGGGGUCUUUGAUGGGCAUGGAGAAUUUGGGGCCCAGUGCUCCCAAUUCGUGAAGCGGAAGCUGUGUGAGAAUCUGCUGAGGGGCACCAAGUUUCACGUAGACGCCGUGGAGGCUUGUCAUUCGGCGUUUUUGACAACCAAUUCGCAGUUGCAAGCUGAUAGUUUGGAUGAUAGCAUGAGCGGUACUACGGCGAUCACUGUGUUGGUCAGGGGAAGGACGAUAUACGUGGCUAAUUCGGGAGAUUCUAGAGCUGUUAUAGCCGAGCGGAGAGGGAAUGAGAUUGCUGCUGUUGAUUUGUCUAUUGAUCAAACUCCUUUUAGAGCUGAUGAGCUGGAGAGGGUCAAGCUUUGUGGUGCAAGAGUGCUUACUUUGGAUCAGAUUGAGGGUUUAAAGAAUCCAGAUGUGCAGUGUUGGGGAAAUGAGGAGGAUGAUGAUGGUGAUCCUCCGAGAUUGUGGGUCCAAAAUGGGAUGUAUCCCGGAACUGCGUUUACAAGGAGUAUUGGGGAUUCCAUUGCUGAGACAAUUGGUGUUGUGUCUAAUCCUGAAAUUGUUGUUUUUGAGCUUACCCCUCAUCAUCCUUUCUUUGUGCUUGCUAGUGAUGGGGUCUUUGAGUUCCUCUCAAGCCAAAAUGUGGUUGAGAUGGUUGAAAAAUAUAAAGAUCCACGGGAUGCUUGUGCCGCAAUUGUAGCUGAAUCUUAUCGACUUUGGCUACAGUACGAAACUCGUACCGAUGACAUCACUGUGAUAGUUGUGCAUGUUGAUGGACUAACUGAUAGUGCUGUUGGUCAAUCAACAGGUCCAGGUUCCUUCUUACGACCCCCUAUUCCUCAAGUUGUAGAGGUGACAGGGUCAGAAUCUCCUUCAACCUUUAGCUGGAACUCUAGGAACCAUCGUGUGAGGCAUGAUUUAUCUCGGGCUCGGCUUCGUGCAAUUGAGAGUUCACUUGAGAAUGGGAAAAUUUGGGUUCCUCCCUCUCCAGCCCAUAGGAAAACUUGGGAAGAAGAAGCGCACAUCGAGAGGGCAUUGCAUGACCACUUCCUUUUCAGAAAGCUUACUGAUUCUCAGUGCCAUGUUUUGUUGGAUUGCAUGCAAAGAGUUGAAGUCCAGCCAGGAGAAGUUGUAGUUAAACAGGGUGGUGAAGGUGAUUGCUUUUAUGUUGUUGGUAGUGGAGAAUUUGAGGUCUUUGCCACCCAGGAAGAGAAAAAUGGAGAGGUGCCAAAGGUUUUGCAGCGUUAUACAGCAGAGAAGUUAUCAUCCUUUGGAGAGCUGGCACUGAUGUACAAUAAGCCACUUCAGGCCUCUGUACGUGCUGUAACAAGUGGAACACUAUGGGCUUUAAAGAGAGAAGAUUUUCGUGGAAUUCUGAUGUCAGAAUUUUCUAAUUUGUCAUCCCUGAAGUUGCUACGUACUGUGGAUCUUCUUUCCAGAUUGACAAUCUUGCAGCUCAGUCACAUUGCUGAUUCUCUUUCUGAAGUUUCCUUCUCAGAUGGACAGACAAUAGUUGAUGGGAGUGAGGGGCCCUCUGCGUUGUACAUCAUCCAGAGGGGACAAGUGAGACUCACUUUUGACGCACACAUAUUAGGUAGCCCAAAUGUUGGAAGUCUGAAGUCUGACAAUCAAAAAGAGGAUAAUAAUCUGAUGAGUGGUAAAAUGCUCUCAUUGGAAAAGACAGAGGGUAGCUAUUUUGGUGAGUGGGUGCUUCUGGGUGAAGAUAUUGGUUCAUUAAGUGCAGUUGCUGUGGGUGAUUGCAUGUGUUCCAUCUUAACAAAGGAAAAUUUUGAUUCAGUAGUUGGCCCUUUGACAAAGCUUUCACAGGAUGUUGAAAAGUCAGGGGGUUCAUCUUCAGAUUUUUCCAAGGAAUCUAUGGAAAGUACUGAUAUUUCAGCUUCUCUCAAAGUUCGCCUCUUUGAUCUGGAAUGGAGGACUUGUUUGUAUAGCACUGACUGCAGUGAGAUUGGACUUGUACUUUUGAAGGACUCAGAAAAUUUGCUUAGUUUGAAAAGGUUUUCAAAGCAGAAGAUCAAGAGGCUGGGAAAGGAGGCACAAGUUUUGAAAGAGAAGAAUCUAAUAAAGAGUAUGAAUCCUUCAGCUUGUGUGCCUCAGGUUCUAUGUACUUGUGCAGAUAGAACACAUGCUGGCAUUUUGUUGAAUGCAUGCUUGGCUUGUCCUUUGGCUUCAAUUCUUCACACUGCACUUGAUGAACCAUCUGCACGGUUUUGUGCUGCCUCUGUUGUUAUUGCUUUAGAAGAUUUACACAAGAAUGGUGUUCUCUACAGAGGUGUGUCCCCUGAUGUCUUAAUGUUGGACCAAAAAGGAUUUUUACAGCUAGUAGACUUCAGAUUUGGGAAAAAGUUGUCUGGCGAGAGAACAUUUACAAUUUGUGGAAUGGCAGAUUCUUUGGCUCCAGAGAUAGUCCAGGGAAAAGGGCAUGGUCUUCCUGCUGACUGGUGGGCAUUGGGAGUCUUGAUCUACUUCAUGCUGCAAGGUGAAAUGCCAUUUGGGUCAUGGAGAGAAAGUGAGCUUGAUACUUAUGCAAAGAUUGCAAAAGGACAAAUAACUCUUCCCCCUACUUUUAGCCUUGAAGCCGCAGAUCUCAUCACAAAGUUGCUUGAGGUUGAUGAAGAUAAAAGACUUGGAUGCCUAGGCCCUGAUUCCGUCAAAAGUCACCCAUGGUUUGCUGGUAUUGACUGGGAGGGGAUUAGAGAUGGAAGCUUUCAUGUUCCUCAUGAUAUAACCUUUCGUAUCACCCAACAUUUGGAAAGUCAUCCUGACGACUGCACUCUUCCUUUAGCCUCCCCAUCCCGAGAGGUAGAUGAUCUUAAUGUUCCUGAAUGGCUUGACGACUGGUAGAAGAAGAAUGAUUGAUAUUUUCUGGUGGGUGGAAUUGCUCCGUUGCAAGACGACUUUUGUCCUUUUUAGCACAAUUAGAGCCUAGGGGACUUGAUGGAUUGAAAAAAGAAAAAGAAAAAUGAAGAGCAAGCUGCAGGUCUUAGUUCGCUUGGAAUUCUAUAUAUUCUUUUGUCAUAAAUUCAUGAUACCAUUGGCGGAUUAUCUCAUGUGGGUAGUAAUUGGACUAACCGAUUCAACAGAGAGGUCAGUUAAUAUAUAUAUAUAUAUAUAUAUAUAUAUAUAUAUAUAUAUAUAUAUAUAUGAAAUUUAAUCCUUUUUUGGUGUAUUUUCUUUCUUUUGUAAAUGCGUAUAUAUGUAAAUGAGUGAGGGUUUCUUUUCUUCUAGAAAUGAAAUUCUAGCUUUACACCAUACGGCUGCCGGUAGUAAUUUGAUUGGCUCAGCCAAAAUGGCUUGUAAACUUUUAGUAUAUUUUUUUUCCCGUUUACAUUAUUGGUUCGGUAGACAUGUGGCUUGUAUUUCCUUGUUUGAGAGCUGUUAUGUGGAUAACCUCAAUGGUUGGAAAAAUGAACUCGGAAAAUUUAUCUUUUGAAUA